UAUACUUUGACAAUAUCAAUUGAUAAUUCCCCAUUAAUUUUCCAGCCCUUUAUAAAUUACAAGAUUAAAUUAUAGCCUUGUAUGGUAGCAUCUAGACAGCUUGAUUCAAGUCUUGUCCCUGAAGCCUUCUGGAAUACAGCGAAAGAAUUUUAUGCCAGGGUCUCCAAUUUGACAUUCCUAUUGUUGCCUUGCCAUUCUUCUGAUCUAAUCUUCUUCUUUUCUUUCUCUGAUACAAAUCUGCACAGAAUCUAGCCUCAGCUUUUGCUAUCCCAAACAAGCUCGUAAAUGAAUGAGAACAUGGUUGAUUUCUCAGGGAGAGUUCAAGUUCAGCAGAGCCACGGACUAAACGGGGAUUGUAAUUCUGAGUUUGCUAAUGGUUUUUGUGAAUACGUGGAUAUUAAUCAGGCGUGGAAUAUGGGAAGUUGCAGCCAAACACUCGCCGUCGCCGGAGGAGGAGCCCAACAGCCACCAAACCAGGGCCCUGCAAAAUCCGCCCCCACCAUCAUGAGCCGUUUUGAAUCUCCAGCUUCUGCGUUUUACGCCACAGAACGAUGCAUGGGGUUUCAGGUUCAGCAAUAUGAUUCCCAGAUUGGUAAUCCAUCUCUAACCUCUCAGUUUCCCAAGCUUAAUGACUUGGAGUUCCCUCUUUAUCAGUCUGAUCCCAGCGUCGAAUUGUCCAAUACCCUGCAAGCCAUGGUGAAAUCUCCAUCGAUUAAUAACCAAUACUAUAGAUCCCCUGAAAAAUCCAAUAAAGUUUCUUAUGGGAAUGUGCCCACCACCAAUCCUACUCAACAACACAGCUUGUUUAUUAACGAUGCUGCCUUAGUUAAGAGGAGCUCAACUUAUAAGGGAAAUCAGGAUCAUACGAUGAGUUUCUCUUCUCAGCAAGAGAAGUUUUCUCCGCCACUUACAUCAGAAGGGAGUGUGUCAACUGUUUCCGGCAACCAUGGUUCCAAUGGGACAGCAGUCUCAAGCAAAACUCGCAUUAGGUGGAACCAGGAUCUUCAUGAGAAGUUUGUUGAGUGUGUGAAUCGCCUUGGAGGUGCUGAAAAGGCGACGCCAAAAGCUAUAUUAAAGCUGAUGGAAUCUGAUGGAUUGACCAUCUUCCAUGUGAAGAGUCAUUUGCAGAAAUAUAGAAUAGCAAAAUACAUGCCAGACUCAGCUCAGGGAAAGCCUGAUAAAAGAUCCAAUGCAGAAGAUGUGCUUCAUCUUGACACCAAAACUGGGUUGCAGUUGAGAGAGGCGCUUCACCUGCAGUUGGAUGUUCAAAGGCGCCUUCAUGAACAGCUAGAGAUUCAGAGGAAGUUGCAGUUGAGAAUUGAGGAACAGGGGAGGCAGCUGAAGAAGAUGUUUGAUCAGCAGCAAAAGACGAGUGAUAGCCUCUUGAAUACUCAGAAUUUGAGCAGCACAGCCAAUGAUAAUAACGAUACAUCAAAUAAUCAUAGAGGUGUUGAAUUAUCAACUUUUGAAGGGUCUGGGAAUUCUUUCUUUCCUUCCAAGAUAAGUUAGCUCUCUCGGGACAAGCAAUUCUAGUCUUCCAACAAAGCUUACUCAUCUCAAGCAACAGAACAGAGAGCCCACACCUUACAAUUUUGUUAUGGUACUUAAAGAUUAGUGCAUGAGACCGGUGUGCUUCCAUACUAUACCCUUUUGAAACCAGAAGCAAUGUGAAUCCUUGUUUCAUUGACCCGAAAACAUAAAUGAAGGAAGGAAGUAAGAAAAAUCGUGAAUGAGAAUUUGAGAUGAAGAGAUCUUGCGUCAUUACA